ACAAUUAACAAGCUAUAUUUGAUUAGUAAUGUGAAACGAUAAUCUGGAUCAAUUAAUAUUAAUUGUGGAUAUCGAUUUUGUUGAAAAAACAAAAUUACAAAUUGAAAUGAGGUUAAACAAUGAAGGUUGAAACAUAAACACAGCUCUCACUGUUCUUCCUCUCCAUGUUAGUCUGUCUCUAGAGCCAUUUUUCUCUAUUCUGGUUCCAUUUUUGAGCCAAUGUUUUUCGAACCACUCUAUCCUCCUCCUCUUCCUCUCUCUCUCUCUUUGCUUUCUCUCAUCUCUUUCGCCCUCUUUCUCAUCAUCAUCAUCAUCUUCAGCUCCUUCUUCCUUUUCUCAGUUUUACCUAUUUUUAUUCUCUCUUUCUUUUCUAUGUUUAUCUUUCAGUUCUUUUUCCUUUCUCUUCACUCUCUUUACUCUCUGUUUUUACUGUUUUUACUGAAUAUCACGAGAAGGGAGAGAGUGAGGGAGAAGGAGCCUAUGUGUUUGUGUUCUUCGAGUUUGGAUGUUUCUGUUCCUUGGUUCCUCGCUGUGACUUGUUACUGUAACCAUUGGUAAUUUUAUAAAUAUUAUAAUAUUAAUUUUGUGUAUUUUUGUACCUUUUUACCAAACCAUCUUUACAUGAGACUUUUACAGUCAAGUUACUUGUAAUCUAGUUUGUGAAGAAACCAACAGUUAUAAAACUGUAAAUUUAAAUAAAACCAAAGAUUAAACUGUGUUCAAUGGAAACCAAGAUCUCACGAAGUGCACCAGAACUUGAGUUACAGCGAGCAAUUCAUUGCCUUAAGUAUGCUGAAACAUCAACUCUGCAACUGAAAAAUGUUUACAGUUUUGUUUUAAAGCUUAAUGAUGGUCUUAAAUCUGCUAUAAUCGGCUUAAAAGCUACAAUACGAAGUUUACGAAGAGUAGAACAAGAAAGAGACUAUUGGAAGAUGAGAUUCGAAACAUUGCAAAAAUGUGAAGAUGGAGGCAAUUGGCGACUAAGAUACGAAUCUUUAUUGGAAAGAAAUGUGCAAUUGGAAGAGGAGCUGAGAAAAAUAUAUACGAAUGAAAUGGCAAUUGAAGAUUUUCACAGCCGUGUGGAUGUGAAUUCGCAUUUUUUUACUAGAUCAAAUGGCAAUGGAAAUUGUUCAAAUAGCAAUGUAAGUCAAUCGACAACAAAUCAAAGACGGGUUAAUGCAAUUGUUGAUGGGAACGAUGAUCUCGAUGAUGUAGAGGAAGAUGAAUCAGAUUUUGAAGAUGACAGUGAAGGUGCUGGUGUUGGUGGUUUUUUGCCCAUGAUCGAAGGAUCCUCAACUAACUCCUUUGCUGAACCUGCAUUUAAUCCCACGAGUUUACUAAAAAUAAAAUGUGAAGUUAAUGAAGACGACGAUAACGAGCCAGAGGAAGAGAUUGAAAUUAAGAUGCAAGAAUACGAGACUAAUUCAAACCCAGGUGAAAGGGCUCUCAUGAUCGCAAACAAUCUUAGCAUUAUGAAUAGCGAUAAUAAUAAUAAUGAGGUUGGUGUUCAGGUAGACUAUGAAGCACUUCGCAAUUGCCUCGCAAAGGAUGCAAGACAGUGUCCUGUUUGUCCAAGAAUCUGUUCUCAACGUAAUUCAACUGUCCGUCAUCUGAUUGAAGUUCAUCAUCUAGACAGAUCAGAGCUGAUGAUUCGUAAAUUUCACAAAGGCUACCAUUUUGCCAAUUUUUCCAAAUAAUUUUUCUACACCAAAAGACAAAUGCAUGUCUCAUUUAUUUAAUCGUAUCUCAAUCAAACAUGGGUUGUUGUAAAUUUUUCAACAAAUCACAUUUAUUUGAUUAUAUCAUAAAAAAAUAUGAUUGGUCAAUAUUUUUUUCACCAAAAUCUUCAUAAUCUUUGUUCAUUUGAUUCAAAAGCACCAUGUCAAAUACUUACCAAUUUAAUUUUCUGCCAUCCGCUUUAUGCCUUUCUUUUUCUCUCUGCAUCUUUCCCACCUAUCUUCCUUCCUCCUUCCUUUCAUCCCACUCGCAAUGCUAAGUCAAUGGCCAUAUAAAUGCAAUGGAAACUAAAUACGAAUGAAUGGCGAUUAAAGCCAUUUUUUGUCUACUGACGAUAUCAAACAAAAUAAAAAUAUAAUUUAAUCUGUGAA